GGAUUGAAACCCAAGAUGUAAUUCUAUCGCAACAUGCCGCCGAACGCCUAGUUGAGGUCGGUCCAUCAGAUACCCUGGGUGGAAUGGCCCGACGUACCCUAGCCGCCAAAUACGAAGCCUACGAUGCUGCUCAAUCGCUUCAGCGUCAGAUUCUUUGCUACAAUAAAGAUGCUAAAGAGAUUUACUACGAUGUUGAGCCUGUUGAGGAGGAGGAAGAGAAGCCAACAGAAGCUUCAUCAGCCCCUUCGGUCUCUCCUGCGCCUGCGGCAGGUGCUUCUCCUGUCGCAGUGGCUCCACCAGCUUCAACCGGUCCGGCAGUGGCAGUUGCAGAUGAGCCAGUUCAAGCUGUAGACAUUGUUCGAUCUCUCAUUGCCCAGAAGUUGAAGAAACAGCUUUCCGAAAUUCCAUUAUCGAAAGCCAUCAAAGAUCUAGUAAACGGAAAGAGUACAUUGCAGAAUGAGAUUCUCGGAGAUUUACAAAAGGAGUUCGGAAACACACCCGAAAAACCGGAAGACACGCCUCUCGACGAGCUGGGAGUUGCCAUGCAGGCAACCUUCAAUGGGCAGCUCGGCAAGCAAUCUAGCUCUAUGGUUGCCCGCAUGAUCUCCUCUAAGAUGCCCGGUGGUUUUAAUAUUACCACAGCAAGAAAGUACCUUACCGAUCGCUACGGUCUACAGUCUGGCCGACAGGAUAGCGCCUUGAUGCUGGCUAUAACAAUGGAGCCCCCAGCGAGGCUAGGAAGCGAGGGUGAUGCAAAGGCAUUCCUAGAUGAUGUUGUAACAAAGUACGCUGCUAGCGCUGGGAUAUCACUCUCAGGUCCUGCUGCUGGAGGUGCUGCGGCUGGUGCUUCUGGUGGAAUGAUGAUGGAUCCUGCGGCAAUUGAUGCCCUGACCAAAGACCAGCGAGCUCUUUUCAAACAGCAAUUGGAGCUGCUUGCCCGAUAUCUUAAAAUGGAUCUCCGAUCAGGUGAGAAGGCGUUUGUGGGGUCACAAGAGGCCAACAAGCUUCUCCAGGCACAGAUCGAUUUGUGGAACGUUGAACACGGAGACUUCUACGCCUUCGGUAUUGAGCCAUCCUUCUCCCCGUUGAAGGUUAGAGUUUAUGACUCGUCAUGGAAUUGGGCUCGACAGGAUGCGCUUAACAUGUACUUUGACAUUAUCUUCGGUCGCCUCAGGCUUGUGGAUCGAGAGAUUGUCUCGCAAUGCAUUCGAAUUAUGAACCGAUCAAACCCCACUCUGGUGGAGUUCAUGCAAUAUCAUAUCGACAAUUGUCCGGCCGAGCGUGGUGAAACAUAUCGCCUAGCGAAGGAUCUCGGUUAUCAGCUUAUUGCUAACUGCCAGGAAGUUCUUGGGACAGCUCCGGUGUACAAAGAUGUUCAGUAUCCAACCGCGCCGCAGACCACAAUUGAUGCCAAGGGUAAUAUGAAGUAUUCUGAAGUACCGCGGCCGGCCGUUCGGAAACUUGAACACUAUGUCAAAGAAAUGGCCGCCGGAGGAAAGCUUACUGAAUAUGUGUAUUUGGAUUGUUUGGAACAAGCCGCCCAGUCUGGUGUCACUUUUGAAAACAGAAAUGUUUUGAUGACUGGUGCCGGUGCCGGAUCUAUCGGAGCGGAUGUUCUGCAGGGCCUCAUUAGUGGUGGCGCCAGGGUUGUCGUUACUACUAGUCGAUUCUCGCGUGAGGUAACGGAAUAUUACCAGGCCAUGUACUCCAAGUUUGGAUCACGUGGCUCUCAGCUGAUUGUUGUGCCGUUCAACCAAGGAAGCAAACAGGAUGUCGAGGCCCUUGUUAAUUACAUCUAUGAUGAGAAGAACGGCCUUGGUUGGGAUCUCGACUAUGUCGUUCCUUUCGCUGCCAUUUCCGAAAACGGCCGUGAAAUUGAUGGAAUUGACUCCAAGUCAGAGCUCGCCCAUCGCAUCAUGUUAACCAAUUUGCUCCGUCUCCUUGGCAUGGUUAAGACCAAUAAAGCUUCCCGUGGCUUCGAAACACGCCCCGCCCAAGUUAUCCUACCUCUAUCUCCCAAUCAUGGCACAUUCGGUAACGACGGUCUCUAUUCCGAAUCCAAAUCGGCCCUAGAGGCGUUGUUCCAAAGAUGGCAUUCGGAGUCUUGGGGAAGCUACCUUACCAUCUGUGGCGCUAUCAUCGGCUGGACCCGCGGUACCGGUCUUAUGGGAGCGAAUAAUUCCAUCGCCGAGGGUGUUGAGAAGUUGGGUGUACGCACAUUUUCUCAGCAGGAGAUGGCCUUUAAUCUUCUUGGUCUUAUGGCGCCUGCGAUUGUCGAUAUCUGCCAAAUUGAGCCUGUGUUCGCCGAUCUUAAUGGUGGCUUCCAAUAUAUCCCUAAUCUGAAGGAUGUCUGCGCCCAACUCAGGCAAAACCUCUUAGAAACUUGUGAAGUUCGUAAAGUGGUUACGGCGGAAACUUCUAUAGAGCAUAAGAUCGUCAACGGCGAAGUUUCAGAGAAACUUUAUCAAAAAGUUACCAUCCAACCCCGUGCCAACAUGAAAUUUGAAUUUCCCGAACUACCUGACUACAAAAAGGAGGUUGAGCCACUGGCACAAAACCUACGUGGAAUGGUUGACCUUGAAAAGGUGGUUGUUAUUACCGGUUUUGCCGAAGUUGGGCCAUGGGGUAACUCCCGUACUCGAUGGGAGAUGGAGGCAUACGGCAAAUUUUCGCUUGAGGGGUGCAUUGAAAUGGCCUGGAUCAUGGGCCUUAUUAGGCAUUUUAAGGGGCCUAUCAAGGGUAACCAGUACACUGGUUGGGUUGAUGUCAAGACCGGCGAACCCGUUGAGGAUAAAGAUAUAAAGCCCAAGUACGAGAGAUACAUCCUGGAGCAUUCCGGCAUCCGACUCAUCGAGAGUGAUUUAUUCAACGGCUACGAUCCGAAGAAGAAGGAGCUUCUCCAAGAGGUCGUGAUUGAGCAUGAUCUGGAACAGUUCGAAGCUAGCAAAGAGACUGCCGAGGAAUUCAAGAGGCACCAUGGCGAUAAGGUCGAGAUAUUUGAGAUCGCGGACUCUGGAGAGUACACUGUUCGUGUCAAGAAGGGUGCUAUCCUGUUCAUCCCGAAAGCCUUGAAGUUUGAUCGUCUUGUGGCGGGCCAAAUUCCAACUGGGUGGGAUGCGAAGAAGUACGGAAUCCCCGAUGACAUUAUCGAUCAGGUUGACCCGGUCACUCUUUACCUCUUGGUAUGCGUUGUCGAAUCGCUCUUGGCCGCAGGUAUCACCGACCCUUACGAGUUCUACAAAUAUGUUCAUUUAUCGGAGGUUGGAAACUGUGUCGGCUCUGGUGUUGGCGGUAUGACCGCGCUGAGAGGAAUGUACAAGGAUAGGCAUAUGGACAGGCCUAUCCAGAAGGACGUUCUUCAGGAAUCCUUCAUCAAUACCAUGUCUGCAUGGGUCAACAUGUUGCUCCUUUCUUCCACCGGUCCCAUCAAAACACCCGUAGGUGCAUGUGCCACGGCUGUUGAGUCGCUUGAUAUCGGUUAUGAGACGAUCGUUGAAGGCAAGGCCAGAGUGUGCUUUGUUGGUGGCUUCGAUGAUUUCCAGGAGGAAGGCUCCUACGAGUUCGCCAAUAUGAAGGCAACCAGCAACGCCGAGGAGGAGCUGCUGCAUGGAAGAACUCCUCAAGAAAUGUCCAGACCUACAACCACUACGCGUAGCGGCUUCAUGGAAUCUCAAGGAUGUGGUGUCCAACUUAUCAUGACAGCAAAGCUUGCUUUGGAGAUGGGUGUUCCUAUUUACGGUAUUGUUGCUCUUACCGCUACCGCCACUGAUAAGAUUGGAAGGAGUAUCCCCGCACCCGGACAGGGUAUCCUUACCACCGCACGCGAAACUAGCAGCAGAUUUCCGAGCCCACUCCUCAACAUUAAGUACAGACGGAGACAGCUCGAACUCAGAAAAUCCCAGAUCAAGCAAUGGACUGAGAGCGAGCUCCUAUACCUUCAGGAGGAGGUUGCGGCGAUGAAGGCUGAGAAAGUUGACUUUGACGAGAACGAGUAUAUGCAAGACCGUGCCGGCCAUAUCGAGCGAGAAUCGCAAAGACAGGAACGAGAAGCCCUCAAUGCCUGGGGCAACGACUUCUGGAAGCAGGAUCCUCGUAUUGCACCAUUGAGAGGAGCCUUGGCCGUGUGGGGCUUAACCAUUGAUGACUUGGGCGUUGCUUCUUUCCACGGAACCAGUACGAAGGCAAAUGAUAAGAAUGAGUCUGAUGCGAUUAACAAGAUGAUGAUGCAUCUUGGCCGGCAUAAGGGUAAUGCAGUCCUCGGUAUUUUCCAGAAAUACCUCACCGGACAUCCCAAGGGUGCCGCCGGCGCUUGGAUGAUGAACGGAGCCAUACAGGUCUUGAACUCGGGCCUUGUUCCCGGUAACCGAAAUGCGGACAACGUCGACAAAAGUCUUGAACAAUUUGAUUACAUCGUGUACCCAAGCCGUAGCAUCCAAACCGAUGGUGUCAAGGCAUUUUCGGUCACUUCGUUUGGUUUCGGUCAAAAGGGUGCCCAAGCCAUCGGCGUUCACCCCAAAUAUCUCUUCGCCAUCUUGGAUGAGCAAACUUACGAAACCUAUCGUGCCAAGGUCAAUUCCCGGUACAAGAAAGCUUACCGAUACUAUCAUACUUCCUUGGUGGAGAAUAAUCUGUUCCAGGCCAAGAACGAUCCUCCGUAUUCCCCAGAUCAGGAAUCUCAAGUCCUGCUUGACCCUCUUGCCCGUGUACAAGCGGACAGAAAGACCAACAGCUAUACCUACCCUGCCCAGAUCCAGAAGAAGCGGCCUGAUCCUUCGGUAGAGAACACCAGAAAGCUCGUGGAACAUCUAGCAUCAGCAACUGCCGGCGAAAAUAGUAAGAUUGGGGUAGACGUUGAGCUAAUCUCCAGCAUCAAUAUUGAUAAUGAGAACUUCAUCGAACGCAACUUCACCCCAGCCGAGCAGGAGUACUGCCGAAAGGCUCCCAGCCCACAAGCUAGUUUCGCAGGUAGAUGGAGUGCUAAGGAGAGUGUGUUCAAGGCGUUAGGAGUUUCCAGCAAGGGUGCUGGUGCUCCGUUGAAGGACAUUGAGAUCCUCAGUGAUGACAAGGGUGCACCAAUUGUUGUGUUGCAUGGCGACGCCAAGGAAGCAGCCGAAAAGGCUGGUGUGAAGGGGGUUCAAGUAUCGAUCAGUCAUAGCGAUGCGCAGGCAAUCGCGAUCGCAGUGUCGAGCUUCUAG